GGGGUGGGGGAUUCACCCCGCGUGGCCGAGAUGAGAGGCGCGCCAGGGCCCGGUGCAUGCGCGAGCCGCGGCCGCCUCCCCGGGCCAACAGCUGCGCAGGCUGGAGCCUCCCACCGAAACGCCAUGGAUACAGCUAGUCACAGUCUAGUCCUCCUGCAGCAGUUGAAUAUGCAGCGUGAGUUUGGUUUUCUCUGUGACUGUACAGUUGCAAUAGGAGAUGUUUACUUCAAGGCCCACAGAGCAGUGCUAGCUGCUUUUUCAAACUACUUUAAGAUGAUAUUUAUUCACCAGACAAGUGAAUGCAUAAAGAUUCAGCCUACAGAUAUCCAACCAGACAUAUUCAGCUACUUGUUGCACAUCAUGUACACUGGAAAAGGUCCAAAGCAGACAGUCAACCCCAGCCGGCUGGAGGAGGGCAUUCGAUUUCUCCAUGCAGACUACCUUUCCCAUAUUGCAAUUAAAAUGAACCAGAUACUUUCCCCAGAGACGAUGCAGUCUUCAAACUUAUAUGGAAUUCAGAUCUCAACUGCACACAAAGCAACAAAGGAAGGUCUUGGAGCAAAAGAAAAUCUGACAAAUGCCAGCAACAGGUCUGCUAACCAGGGCGAUCACCCACAGUUACAGCUCUCACUUGCUAUUGGACUAGAUGAUGGUACCCUCGAACAACAGAUCACCCAUCCUUCCACCCAAGCAGCUGUCAAACCAGUGGAGGAGCUUCAGAAAUCAUCUGUGUCUAUAAAGCAGGAGAAAUGUGACCCCGAGCCAGUGGUGUCCCAAAGUCACACGUCGCCCUCUCCAGAUGUUUCUAAAACUAAUCUCAAAAUGCAUUUAUGUCAUUACUGUGGGGAGCGUUUUGAUUCCCGUGGCAAUUUGCGGGAACACCUGCACACUCACGUCUCUGGCUCACUUCCCUUUGGCGUCCCAGCCUCCAUCCUGGAGAGCAAUGACCUUGGUGAAGUGCAGCCUAUUACUGAAAAGGGGGAAGCUAUUGAAAGUCACCGGCUCGGUGCCUUCCUACUGAAAGAGAAUGAGCAUCCGUCAGAACAUCCAAGCCAUAGUAACACAGAGCCGUUACAGUAUGGCCAGUUGUCGCUAAUCUCCAAAGACACUGAGCCUGUGGAGUUAAACUGCAACUUCUCUUUUUCAAGAAAGAGAAAAAUCAGUUGCACAGUCUGUGGCCACAAAUUUCUCCGAAAGAGCCAGUUGCUAGAACACAUGUACACACACAAAGGGAAACAAUACAAAUACAACCGAUGCCAAAGGUUUGGUAACCCAGUAGCCCACAGGUUUCAUCCUUAUUGUGACAGUUGGUCUGAUUGUACAGUAAAAAGUUCCAGGCUCUCUCAAGAUCACCUAGAUUCAUCAUGUGCAUUGGAGUCUGAUCUUGCUCCAGAAAAUGUUGAUGCAAUCCUCGUAGAAUAGCUUUGUAUGUUGCCUCUGAUGAGCUGAAAGCGUGAAUGCUUCAAUUUGUUUGUGUCCUUCAUUUUGCUGAAUGUUCUGGGUACUCUUCUGAAGUUUUCUCUUCACCUAACAGCUCUGUCUUCAGCGAGAUGAGACUGUAACAAUUAUGUAUACCCUUUUACUUGGAUAUUUAAACCUUAAAAUCCAAGUUGAUUAGAGAACAAGCUAUUUGUCGGCGGUGUCCAGAUAACUUAGAUCCAUCUUUCAUAAAUGACCACUUAAUUGACCUGUGUGUUACCCAAGAUGAGAUUGUAGAAGUUAGUGAGUGUGGGGUUUAAGCAUCUAGUAUACUGAGCAGAACUUUAGGACUGAGUGUGUGUCCUUAGAAUUAUUCUGAAACCAAAGUGGGUGGAAUGUGUUCAGAGGAUAUUGCUUUUCUUGAUUAGUUUUUUUUUUUUUUUUUUUUUAGGUUAAUAUAAUUCCCUAGAAAGAGAGAAUAACCCAAAGUACAGAGGACAUGUGGGAAAUGAACAAGCUACAGCACAUAAACCUCAGGCUGUUCCCUUUUCCUGGUAAUCCCAGGGGUUGAUGUAGAGACAGUGGCCCUGGUUCAGCAAGCAUUUGCAGUCCCAUUGACUUGGAAUACAUUCUUUAAGUGCGGCAUCUACUUAAGUGCUUUGCUUCAGGAGGACUAAUGUGCAUCCUUCCCCAUUCCAAGCCCAGCAGGCCUCCCCCUGCUUGAUCAGUCCCCUCCACAAAUGUGGAACCAAAUCCUACUGAAGCUCUUCAAAGGGUCCCAUUAAUGAGACCCUGUAAGAUGGAAUGAGAUCCAGGUGAAGAGUCUCCUCCAAGAGGAUCUAGGGUAGGAGUCUGCGGACUCCCUGCCCUUUCAAGGGGGCCGCAGCCCCCGCAGCUGAAGCCCCGAUCCGUGGCACCCCCUACUGGGCUGAAGCCGGGGGAGGUGCAGGACUGAAGCCCCGAUUCAUGGCCCGUGACCCCUACCAGGCUGAAGCCAGGAGGCGUGGGGCUGAAUCCCCAAGCCCUGGUGCUCCCUGUGGAGCAGAAACACUGAACCCAUGGUGGGCAGAGUUGGGGACAUGGAGGGCAUUGUCCCCUCCCCCCCCACAAACUGCAGCCCAAGAUCAAGGCAGUCCUGGGGGCACCUCCACAUGUCCCCCGAGUCCCCCCUCAUCUCCUCUUCCCACCCCCGGGCCAGGUUGGAGGUGGGAAGCCGGAGCCGGGCAGUGCGGGGCAGCUGCGGCUCUGGCUGGUGCCAUGGAGCAGGCAGCUGCAGCGUUCCUUCCUCUCCUGCUCAUGCCCCAGGUUGAAGCUGCUCAUCAACUCCCAGCCCCCUUUGCUCCUGCAGAGGCAGCCAGUAAGGGAAGGGUGGGAAGACCCAGCUCCGUGGCUGUCAGACCCCUCCAGGAACAGGGACAGCAGGGGAGUCCUCCCAGCACACAGCCACUAAUACUCCUCUCCCUACACCCUGAGUCCCUAGUGCCCCUCUCCCUGCCUGCACACAGCCCCUAAUACUCCUCUCCCUACACCCUGAGCCCCUAGUGCCCCUCUCCCUGCCCACGCACAGCCCCUAAUACUCCUCUCCCUAGACCCUGAGCCCCUAGUGCCCCUCUCCCUGCCUGCACACAGCCCCUAAUACUCCUCUCCCUACACCCUGAGCCCUAGUGCCCCUCUCCCUGCCCACACACAGCCCCUAGCUACCA